AUGAGCCCUAAAGGCACUCGCAUUAUAAUUGGAUGGGACCCAAAUGAAGUUAUUGUCAUGCCUUUGGAUGCUAAUAGUCAGGUGAUGCAUUGUCAAGUCAUAUUUAUCAAGGAGAAUAAGAGGCUGUUUUGUUCUUUUGUUUAUGGUUGCAAUUAUUAUAUAGACAGAAGGAAACUUUGGGAUUCAUUGGGAAAGCAUUAUAAUUUGGUUGCUGGACAACCUUGGUUGAUUGCUGGAGAUUUUAACGUUACCAGGGAACUUGUGGAUACGAUGGCUGGUCAAUCUAAAAUCUCAAGGGGUAUGGUAGAAUUUAAUGAGUGCAUUAAUUCUAUUGAAGUCCAAGAUAUAAAUAGUAAUGGAUUGCACUACACAUGGAAUCAAAGACCACGUGGGGCUUUUGGGGCGUUGAAAAAACUUGAUCGUGUGCUUGGGAACCAUAAACUGAUUGAAGAUUUUCCGAAUGUGUUUGCUAACUUCCAGCCUUAUCGGAUUUCAGAUCAUAGCCCUAUGAUUAUCAAAUUCCCAAUUAAAAGAAAGUUCAGGGUCAGACCGUUCAAGUUUGUUAAUUCUCUUGUGCUGCUGGAUAAUUUUCUGCCCAUUGUUGAAAGUGUUUGGAAGACUGAAGUUGAAGGAUUUGGUAUGUUUAGGCUUUGUCAGAAAUUAAAGCUUUUAAAGAAACCUCUCAGGAAACUGUUAACUAGUCAUGGCAAUUUUGCUGAGAAAGUUUCUAAAUGCAGAGAAGAAUUAUGUAGGGUCCAGGAAAGUCUUGAUUUGGACCCAUGCAAUGAAGAGCUGAGAUUUGAAGAAGGAAUAUACCUGCAAUCUUUCUUGAAUGCUAGCAGGGAAGAGGAGAGUUAUUUAAAACAAAGAGCUAAAGUGCAUUGGCUUAAGGAGGGAUAUUCAAAUUCUGCUUACUUUCAUAAGGUUGUGAAGGGUAAAAUAAACAGAAACAGAAUUGAAACAAUCCUUGAUGGAAAUGGAAAUUGGAAGGAAGGGGAUGAAGCUUUUAAGGUCAUUGUGGAUUAUUUUGGUGAAUUUCUUGGAGUGGAACAUGGUGUUGUUCCAAUUAUUAGACCGGAAGAUCUUGAGUUCAGGAAACUUGACAAUCAACAAGCUGUGGAUAUGAUCAAAGAUGUUACUGAUGAGGAAAUUAAGGCUGCCCUCUUUGAUAUUGAUGAUGACAAAGCGCCUGGCCCUGAUGGAAGAAGCUUUUGGGAUGUUGGUCCAAAAGACAGAAUGAGCUGGAGUUGGAGAAAUCUUCUAAAGAUACGGCCUUGUUUAAGAGAUUUUUUCUAUUCUAGAAUUGGAAAUGGAGAAGGAACUAGCAUGUGGUACGAUAAUUGGCAUCAAUUGGGGCCUUUGUGCUAUGUUUUAUCUCCCAGGGAAAUUACUAAUGCUGGAUAUAACAUAAGGGACAAAGUUGGAGAUGUUAUUGGUGAUGAAAAUUGGAAUUGGCCUUCUGAAUGGAUUGAAAUGAUACCUCAACUGGGUGAUUUUACUAUUCCUAGGAUCAUCAGAGAGAAAAAAGAUGAAGUGCUUUGGGUUAAUCACAAAGGAAAGAUUGUUCCUUUUGCGGUUAAUCAGAAGAUAUUAGAGCGAAAAUAUUUAGCCUUAAUCUGGGAUAUCUUGGACUUAAUGAAGAGUUGUGCAAGGAGUGGAAUGUUCCUGUUAAAAACAAAGAUUAUCUCCAUGGAAAUUGAUAUUAAUCUGAAAAGCAGGUUGUAUGAAGAUUUGUCAGAGUGGUUGGUUUGGAAUUGGUGGGAAUUGAUAUUUGAUGAAGCUUGGAUUAUGAAUAUAAGGAAGAAGGUUAAUAAAAGUGGGAAUUCUAGUAAAUCAGUCAAAGGGUAUUUUGGUCAAAUCUGGAAAUUUAAUAAAAGGAAAGACAUAUUAAGGAGCGGCUUGAUUGUUAUAUAUCUUGGCGAUGAUUCUGUUGCUGCGGAUUGGAAGGAGAUGGAAUUACAAAAUAAAAAUCGCAGGUUCUUAUUUUUUGAACAGGGGCUGUGUGGGAUUCGGAUAGAUGAAGGAGUGAUUGCUAUAUUCUUUGUCAUGAAUAAUAAAAUCAACUUGCUGAGAAGGAAUAAGAGUUUGCGGUUUAAGGAAGUGUAUCACAGAGAGGGAAAAAAUGAGAAACAGGGGCAUACAGGGAGUUUGUUAAAAGAUUGCGAGCGUGGUUUUUGGAUGGAGGGGUAUGUAGGUAAUUUUGAUCUAUGCUGGAUUUUUAUUCUUGUUAUAAAUAAGUGUGGGAGUAAGGAUCAUAGGAAGGGUGUUAAUAAAAACGAAAAUUUAAGAAUUUGGGUCAAAGGGUUGUUUGGUCAUCUUUGGGGAAAAAUUAAAAAGCAGGAUCAAAUUGUGCAUUGCUUGGAAAUAAUCGAAACUUGGAAGAAGGGAAGAGUGAUUGGAAAUCGGAUGGGUGGGUAUUUUGAAAGGCAAAUGGAAGUUAAAGAUGGAAGAGGGUGGUAUGAUAUGCAGCGGAUUAUGAAGAAAAUUAAGGUGAAUAAUAAGAAAGGACAAUUUGGGCAUUUUUAUAAGUUUGAAGUGUUGAGGUGCUGGAUGGAUCAUAAUGGAAGUUUCUUGGUGCUGCAAAAUAUUUGGAAUAAAAUGUUUGGAGUUUGGUCUAAUAGAGAAGCGAUUGGAACAAUUUAUGCCGUGGGUGAUAAGAUUAGUAAUAUUGAAAGAAGGAAGUCCUUGCGUUUCAGCAGUUGUUGGUACAGAAAAGGAAAAAAUAAGAAGCAGGGAUAUCAUGGGUUUGAGGGGUAUUUCGGUAAUUCAAAUUUUUUCUGGGUUCACCUUCCUGUUCGAGAUAUUUGUGGGAGGAAAAAUAAUUGGAAGAUUCUUAUAAAAAGUGGAAAAUUAAAAAUUUGGAUUAAAGGGUAUUGUGGUCAUUGUUUGGGGAAAAUUAUUGUGGAUGAUCAUUCGGUAAACUACUUAGGGAUGAUUGAAAUUUGGAGGAAGGGCAUAGCGAAUGGGAGUUUGAAAGGUGGGUUAUUUGAUAAACAUUUGAAAGAUGAAAUUGAAAAUGGGUGGAGUGUUAUUCAGCGGUUUUUGGAUUCAAAUAAGAUUAAUAACAAGCGAGGGCAAGAUGGGCAUUUUCAUAAUAUUGAUGAUUUUUGGUGCUGGAAUGAUUUUAAUGGAGGCAAGCUGGAGUUGCAAAAUGGCUGGAAUAAAAUUAAUGAGAGUCAAAAUUCUUUUCAUAUUCUUUUGAAGGAGCAGGGGCAUUUUGGUCAAAAUUAUGAGAAGAGUGUCAUUUCUAUUCAUAAUAUGAUGAUCUUUUGGAGUUUGGAAGUUAAGAUACAAAGAAGGAACUAUUGGAUACGGAUGAAUUCUUUUGUUUUAGAAGGAGUCCAUUUCCAAUAUCUUUACAAAGGAAUUGAUGGUCACGGGACUUUUACCAAUUUUUCCCUUAAAAUUGGAUUGCAACUCGGUUUAAUCCCGAGUAUCAUUUGGUUUAUACCUUAUGAUGUGGUUAAAUUUCAUCAUUAUAUGGAAUUUUUUUCCAUUUAUUGUGAAACUCCGCCUUGGAAACAAGGAUUCUCCACAUUUGUGGGUGCCACUACUGGUUCGAUCAGUAAGUGGUGGGAUAUUCACCCGUCAAUAACCAGGCUUGGAGCAUGGGUGAUGAUGGUUGAUGAAGACAAUUGGAAUGGAAUGUUGGAAAAGCGUUAUAAUCAAAGAAGGUCGGUUGAAGAGAAUAAGAAUAGGAAGAUUGUGAAUAAAGAUAAUAGAGAAGAUGAUAAUUUGGCUUGUUAUAGCAACAUACUUUUGAGGUACAUAAAAGAUAAUAAAGAUACAAGGGUAGAGAGGAGAAAGAAGAUUGCUAUUAUGGAGUCUUUUGGCAAUGGGAAGGUAGAAACUAAGUGCAUUUUUGUGUGGAGAAUUUGGGAUAUUGGUGUUCAUAGGACUAGUGUUGUUAUUGACACUUGGAUAAAGAGCAUGUAUAGAGAUGGCAUUUUUGAAGAUUGGAAGAAGAAAUGGAGUGUUCACUUCGAGAUACUGUUUGAUCGUUCCAUGGAGGGUGUUCCACCUGAUUUGGAACCUGAUGUUAUAAUGCGGAAAAAAGGAAAAAAUGCGAAGGUGAAAAAUAAGCUCAAAAUCGUUCAGGAUUCUGAUUCCAAGCAAUUGAUUGAUUCAUCCCAAGCUAAAUCGGUCUCCUCCCUUGUCAACAAGUUUGAAUCUGAAGCUAUCCCGAUUAGUUCUAUAAUCCCGUCUGAAGCUGGUAAUGCCGAUAAUUCCAAAUUGGUUAGUAUGGCCAUUGAUUCUCUUUCUGAAGUGAAAAAUGAAGUUAUUCUUCCUAAUUGUUCGAAUUCGAAUCCUCAAUUUCUCCCUGAUGUUGCUAAUUUGAAAAAUCACGAUAGUCCCUGUUUGUUUAAUACCGAAAAUUCCAAACUGGUUUGUAUGGCAUUUGAUUCUCCUCUUGCAGUGAAAAAUGAAGCUAUUCUUCCUAAUAGUUCGAAUUUGAAUCUUCAAUAUCCCCCAGAUGUUGCUAAUUUGAAAAAUCAUGUUAGUCCCUGUUUGCUUAAUACCGAGUGCUCUUCUCCAUCUGUUAUUUUUCAUAGUUCGGUUAACCCCACAAAAGUUAUGUCGGAUUCAAUUGAAGUUCUGAGUCAAUCAGUUAUUGAAUUUGAAAAGGAUAUUGUUCAACUUUGUAGUCCAGGAGAGAAAAAUUCGAUGAUUGCUUUUUGGAAUGGUUUAUCUGUUAAAGAAAAAGAAGGAUUUGUACAUGGUUUGAGAUUCACGAAAAAGAAAUAUAACAAUGGAAUUGAAACUGAUGAUGACAAGAUGGAUGCUAUUGAUGAUGUUAAGAAGAUCUCAUUGGUUAGUCAAAGGAAUGAAAUACUAAUGAACUGGAAAGAUCUGUCCGACAAGAAAAAAGGAAAAAUAAUCCACAAACUUUGCACUAGCAAAGUUAAAAAAAUGGCUGAAGCUAAUUUCGGGAAGAACAGAAUUCCAAUUAAGUCCUCCUGUUCUCUUUUUCCGUCUUCGGUUAGUAUGAAGAUUACCUCUGAGUUUGAAGCUUCUGAUGGUCUUCAAAAAGUUGGUGAAACUGUGAUUAAGCUUUUUCCUGAAGGGGAUCCUAAAUUGAAUUUGAAUGAACCUGUGAGUGUUGAUCUUCAAGAAAUUUGCUCUCUGCAAUCGGUGGUUAAAGAAAAGAAAGAGAAGAGGAAAAUUGAGAUUGAUGAAAUGGUGAGUAAACAGCUGGAACAAGUGUGCAAUGAGAUUAAAUUUCAUUUCCCUAGCAAGUUCAAUCAUAUUGAAAUUGGGAAAAAAGGAAUGUUUAAUUUUAAUUAUGCUGAUCCGGAUGAUAAGGGCAAUAAUGUCCAAAUGAUGGUUGAUGAAGAGGAAGAUAAGAAAGGGAGUAUCCGAAAUAGUAAUGGAGGGCUUCUCAUCACUGAAAACAUGCUGGAACAAAUGAAGAAUGGGGAAAUAAAGAACAAGGUGAAUAUGAAUGUUCACACAAUGUCUUUGGAUGAAUCAAAAAUAAAUGAACCUGUGUCAUACGCUGAGAAAGUUAGCGGGAAGAAGCUUAAUGCAGCAAAUCUUAUUUCUAAGGUUAAGAAGAAUGCGGACUUACCUGAUGGAGUGGUGGAAAUGCCAAUAUGUGAUAUCCUUAAAGGUUGCAGCCCCUUUAAGACCACCCUUUAUGGAUACUUCAUUGAUAAACAUGUUAAUUUCUUUAAUGUCAACAAGUUUGCGCACAACACAUGGAGAAAGCAUGGAUUAGAGGAAGUAAUGGUAAAUGAUGAAGGCAUUUAUUUUUUCAGAUUUAGUACUGAACAAGGCAUGAUUUCUGUGUUAGAGGGAGGAGUUUGGAUGAUUUUUGAUAGCGCCCUUGUUGUUAGAAGAUGGACCACUGGAGUGAGCUCGGCUAAAGAUCAACAUGAUAAAGUUCCAGUUUGGGUCAAAAUAUAUAAUGUUCCUCUUGAAUAUUGGAAUGGAACAGGAUUGAGCCAUAUUGCUUGGGAAAUAGGAAAACCAUUGGAUGUUGAUGCUCAUACAGCAAAAAUGUGUCAAGAUCAUUGGGGAAGACCGGCCUUUAUGAGAAUUCUGAUUGAAAUGUCUGCUGCUAAGGAAUGGCUUAAGGAAGUUCAUGUAUAUUCUUCGGAUCUUACCACAGGAGAAAGAAUUCUGUCAAAAUGCAAAAUUGAUUAUGCUUGGAAUCCUUCCAAAUGCUCUCAUUGCAAGGUUUAUGGGCAUAAAGAUAGUACUUGUGGAAUUUUACUUGCUAAGGAGGUCAAGGAUAUAGAAAAAACUAAUUUAGAUGAUCAGAAAAAUGAUGGCAAAAAAGUUGAUCUGAUGGAGGUUCUUAUCGCAAGCACAAAAAAGGUGGAAGAAGAUAAUGAUGGGUUUCAAACGGUGGUUAAAAGAAAUAAAGGAAUAAAUUUGGGUGAAAAGAAAAAGGAAGAUCUUGGAAUCAAAAAUCAGAAUUUUUCUCAAGGGCAAAAUGGGAAGAACCAUGGAAUUGGAAAAAACACGGCUGGAAAUUAUGUUGCAAACCAGGGACAAAAAGGGAAUAGUUUGGAAAAGCGCGGGAAUUUGGUUGGAAAUCAGGGGCAAAAAGGGAACAACUUUGUAAAAAAUGGAAAUAAUUUUGGUGGCAAUCAAUGGAAUAAGGGUAAAGGAAUUCAGGGGCAAAAUGGGAAAAAUCAAACUAUGAAUGGAAGAAACAAUGGAUUUAAAUUUGAGCAGGGGCAGAACAGUAAAAGCAAUAAUAUUUCGAACAGGUCUAAUUCUGCGGGAAGUAAUACUGGUGGAAUUAGUUCUCAGGGGAAUGCUCUUGCGUUUUCUUAUAAUAAGGAUCAGAAUUUGAAUGUUGAAAAGAGAAAAGAUGCUGGUAGCGGGUUGAAGUAUGUUCCAAAUUCUGGAGAAGAUAAUAAGAUAAGUUCCAAUUUUGAUAAAUUACAAAAUGUUGAGAACUUUAAAGACCCUGCGAUUAUUUUAUCCAGCAACAAAUUUGAUGUGUUAAAGGAUUUGGAAGAUGAUAAUCAAGUGGAAUUUUCUAGAAGAAGUUUUCAAGGAAUUGACCUUGAUUAUUUGGAUUCUGUUGACCAAAUGGAAGUUAUUGGAGCUAUUCUUGAAUCUCAAGUUAGCUUUAAUAAAAUCAAUGAGAAAUGUGAAAAGAUUUUUGGGAAUUGGAAGUGGAUUGCAAAUAAAGGAGAGGUUGGUCAUACUUAUCGCAUUAUUUUGGGAUGGAACUCUAAUUUUUUUGAUGUUAACUUGAUUGAUCAUAAUGAUCAAGUUAUACAUUGUAAAGUUAGUUUUACCUCAAAUAAAAAAUAUGUGUUUUGUUCCAUUGUGUAUGCUGCCAACAAAUACAUAGAUAGAAGAGGAUUAUGGGCUUCUCUUGUGCAUCACAAAGGGUUAGUUCGUGAGGAUCCAUGGAUCAUUGGUGGGGAUUUUAAUGUCACGAUUAAUCCAAAUGAAAGCUCUGCUGGAACGUCUAAGUUUACUAAAGGGAUGGUGGAGUUUCUUGAGUGCAUUAAUGCUCUUGAAAUUCAAGAUAUUAACUGCAAUGGUUUGAAUUUCACUUGGAAUCAAAAACCUCAAGGAAAUAAUGGCAUUUUGAAGAAAUUGGAUCGUGUUAUGGGCAAUUCCAGCUUGAUGGAUCUCUUCCCUUCUAUUUUUGCCUCGUUUCUUCCUUAUGGGCUGUCUGAUCAUAGUCCCAUUGUAAUCAAAAUUCCGUUGAAAGCCAAGUUCAAGGUUCUUCCUUUCAAGUUCCCUAAUGUUCUUACUUUAAGUGCUGAUUUGAAGGUGUUGGUUGAAAAUCAAUGGAACAUUGAGAUCCAAGGAACUAAGAUGUAUGCUUUAAUUCAAAAACUCAAAAAUCUCAAGAAGCCGAUUCGAAAAUUGUUAAAGAAACAGGGGCAUUUUUCGGAUAAUGUGUCUCAUUUUCGUAAAGAAUUGGAUAUGGUUCAAGCUGAUUUGGAUGAGGACCCUUUUAAUUCUGAUCUUCGCAAUUUGGAAGCUAUUUUCCUUGGGGAACUCAAAAAAGCUUAUGAAAAGGAGGAAUGUUUUUUGAAACAAAAAGCUAAAAUUCAGUGGCUUAAAGAUGGAGACAAUAAUUCAAAGUUUUUUCACAAAAUGGUUAAAGGAAGAGUUCAUAAAAGUCGUAUUGAAGCUAUCAUGAACAAUGAUGGUGAAUGGCUGGAAGGCGAAGAAAUUUACAAAGAAUUUGUGGAAUAUUUCAAGAAUUUUUUGGGUAAUGAAGUUCCCUGCGGUGAGAUUGUUCAGCCCAAUACUUUGUUUUCCAAAAAAUUAGAUCUUAUUGAAGCCGCUGAGAUGAUCAAAAUUGUGACCAAUAAUGAAAUUAAAGAGACCCUGUUUGAUAUCGAUGACGACAAAUCUCCUGGACCUGAUGGAUUGCGGCCUUAUUUUAGAAAUCAUUUUUGCUCGAAAGUUGGGAAUGGAGUGAAUACUUUCAUGUGGUAUGAUGAUUGGCAUUCUCUUGGAGCUCUUUCUUAUGUCCUCUCUCCAAGAGAGAUUGCUAAUGCUGGAUUUAGAAUAACAGAUAAAGUUAAAGAUGUUAUUAUGGAUAAUUCCUGGUUUUGGCCUUCCGAAUGGAUUUCGUUGAUUCCUCAGUUGAAUGAUUUUCAAUUGCCGAAGCUUGAUCCGUUGGUCAAUGAUAGAGUCCGUUGGAGGAAAAGGAAUGGUCAAGAAGUGGAAUUUGAAAUUCAUCAAGUUUGGAAAGAUUUAAGCAAUUGUGGUCAAAAGAUUGCUUUUGCGGCUUCUGUCUAUUACAUAUGGAGAGAAAGAAAUUGCAGACUCUUUAGAAAAGGAAGAACCGAAGAGAUGAAAAUUGCUGUGAAUAUUUUUGAAGAAAUUCGCCUCAAGCUAAUUGGGCUCAAAGGAGAAUUUUUGGGAUUUGAUAAUGAUGUUAAAAGGAAGUGGGGUGUUCCUGUGGGAAAGGAGGACAAUAAUGAUUAA